UUUGUUGUCUGGUGUUCUUUAUGUUCCCUACAGGAGCUGCCGAUACAAAGGCCUGACCCAGAAGAAAUUCUGCGUCACCUGUACCAUCAAGAUCAAGAUCAAAACCACAACAAACCAGCGUGACUCCGACUUUACCACACCACACCGCCACAUCACAACACCACGCUACCGCUGGACAUCCCCGACACUCUGCUGGGAAGGAAACACCAAAGCAAAAAAAGAAAAUAAAGGAUAGCGACCAACGGAGUGAUUCAAAGCAUAGCAGGUCCAAAGAAGAGUUUUUGGGAAAUGGUGAAGCUGUGGUGAUUAUUACUGAAUACCGGCACUUCCUACCAUCACCACACCUACCAUCACACACCACACUGCCACCAUGAUGCAGGGGAAGUGUCCCUCCAAGAAGCUGUCCAAGGCAGUGCUGGAUUUAAAGUUUAUGAAGAAAAGCAAGGAGAAGGCCCUGGUGCAGGAGGAGAAUGAAGAGAGACAGCAGCUGUACCACGACCAGCUGUCAACACUGCACGAAGGAGCGGAAAAAAUUGUCAUGAUGAGUUCCUAUGUGGACUGCCUCAAGUUCCUGCCGUGCCGUCUGUCGUUUGGUGGCAUGGACCAGGAUAUUGAGAAGCUGAAUGAGGAUCGACUCACAGGACUGUACACCGUGACCAAGCCUACACCCAAAGAACAUGUCACAGAGAUGGAUGCUGAUGUCUCUGCUAGGGACAUGGCAGCCCAGUACCGCCCCAGAGCCCACCACAACCAGGGGGAACUAGAGGAAGGUGCUGAGGACUCCAGUUAUGAUGCAAUGUCCAACCAGCUUUCUCAAGACCAAAACAAGCCAAUAAGUGGCAAGAUGAGGCCAAUUUACAGAGAUGGCUUUGAAGGAGGAGGUGGCAGGGGAAGAGGGGGAUUUAGAGGAAGAAGUAGAGAUUUCAGAAGAGGAGGAAGGGGUGGCAGAGGAGGAAGGGGAGGGAGAGAUGGAGGUUUCACAGGAGGACGAGGCAAGGAAAUGUACAUGAAGGAGGAAGGUUUCUGGGGAGGGAAGGAGAUUAUGAAGGGAUGUUUAGGAGAGAACACCACCAGAGGGAGGGGCAGGGGUAACAAGCGAGGCCAUGAAGGCAGCCAAGGUCACAUCCAGGACAGUGACAAUUGGAACAAGAAAUUCAAGGCAGAGAGGAAUUAAAUCACUUCUUUGUGCUGUACAUUGGUGCACCACAGGUCUCCUGUUGAGGUGUGGUGGUGCCAACUAAUUAUUUUUAUACCAGAUCCAAGAGAGUUGUCCAUGUCUUUGGAAACAGCAUGUCUGUUCUCACUCUCCAGACACUUGUCAGUGUUAAUGGUACUUUUAAUAAAAUCUCUAAAUAAC